CCCUCAAAAGCAAAGGCGCUAAGGGAUGCUGAGGGGUCGUCGUGUAGUACCAAGUCUGCCGCUAGAGGGCAGGAAAUAACACAACGCUAAAUAGAGUUGGAUCAUGGGCAGUCCUUGAUGGAGGAGGGCCAUCAUGCCAAUUUUCUCCGCGUCUUUAUUCGUUGACAGAAUAGAGAUACAUACGAGUGGCCACGCUGCUCUGACUCACACCAUCACACCCCGCGAACUCCUCGUGGCUGAGCCCGGUUGAGCAUCAGACCUCUCCCCGGACUGAGGCAGACAGAGAGAGGCGACAGCACGGGAAGCUUUGUUACCUCCGAGUGAGGAAGAAGAAGAAGAAGAAGAAAGGGGAAACGACUCAACCAGUGAUGUCUGCGAUAAAGAAGAGAAACUCCAAUUCGUCGGCAGACAGGGAGGACGACAAGACGGUCACCGAGAGGAUGCUUUCCACCAUCUCCAGUCCGGCCGGAAUACCGGCAGGCGAUGCCAAGAGCCCCAACGUCCCUGCAGAGGGAGGAGAGGACGGGGUCGUCCUAAAGAGGACCAUCACCCUGGUGAACGGCGUGGCCAUCAUCGUGGGUACAAUCAUCGGCUCUGGCAUCUUCGUGACGCCGACCGGUGUAGUGAGGGAAGCGGGUUCUGUGGGUCUGUCCCUGAUCGUGUGGGCAGUGUGCGGGGUCUUCUCCACUGUGGGAGCCCUCUGCUAUGCGGAGCUGGGUACCACCAUCACUAAGUCAGGGGGGGACUAUGCCUACAUCCUGGAGGUGUACGGUUCACUGCUGGCUUUCCUCAAACUCUGGAUCGAGUUGCUCAUCAUCCGGCCGUCCUCGCAGUACAUCGUCGCCUACGUUUUCGCGACUUAUCUCCUCAAGCCCAUCUUCCCUGUGUGCCCGGUGCCGGAGGAAGGGGCCAAGCUGAUAGCCUGCCUCUGCAUCCUUUUGCUGACGUUUGUGAACUGCUACAGUGUGAAGGCGGCCACCCGAGUGCAGGACUUCUUCGCUGCAGCCAAGCUUCUGGCGCUCGGACUCAUCAUCAUUAUCGGCUUUGUUAAGAUUGGCCAAGGUGAUACAGAUGAUCUUCUCCCAGAGAAUUCCUUCAAGGGAUCUAAGUAUGAGUUUGGUAGCAUCGGCCUGGCGCUCUACAGUGGUCUGUUUGCCUACGGCGGCUGGAAUUACUUGAAUUUCGUCACAGAGGAGAUGAUCGAGCCUUACAAAAACCUUCCUCGAGCCAUCAUCAUCUCUCUGCCCAUCGUAACAGCCGUGUAUGUUCUCACCAACCUGGCGUAUUUCACCACGCUCUCCCCUGACCAGAUGCUCGGCUCGGAGGCUGUAGCCGUGGACUUUGGAAACCACCACCUGGGCCCCAUGGCAUGGAUCAUCCCAGUGUUUGUAGGCCUUUCCUGUUUUGGAUCAGUUAAUGGAUCUUUGUUCACAUCAUCCAGGUUGUUCUUUGUGGGUUCCCGUGAGGGUCACCUGCCCAGCCUGCUGUCGAUGAUCCACCCAACUCUGCUGACCCCGCUCCCCUCGCUUAUAUUCACUUGCUUGAUGACCCUGCUCUACGCCUUCUCCAACGACAUCUUCUCCGUCAUAAACUUCUUCAGUUUCUUCAACUGGCUCUGCAUCGCCAUGGCAAUCGUCGGAAUGAUGUGGCUCCGUUAUAAGAAGCCCGAUCUGGAAAGACCGAUCAAAGUGAACAUCCUGCUGCCGAUCAGCUUCGUGCUGGCCUGCCUCUUCCUCAUCAUCGUGUCUAUCUGGAAGACUCCAGUGGAAUGUGCCAUCGGCUUCGGCAUCAUCGCCACCGGAAUACCCGUCUACCUGAUCGGCGUGUGGUGGCAGAACAAACCCAAGUGGCUGCUGCAUGGAAUCUUUUCCACCACAGCUAUGUGCCAGAAGAUGAUGGAGGUUGUGCCGCAGGAGUCCUAAAAGUACCCCCCACCCAACGCCUUUUGCCUCAGCCAGUGGCCAAUCAGAUUCCACCAACAGUGACUUCUGAGCUCUGACAUCACAACUGAUGAAGCUUGACCUCUGUUGACCCCCCCCAAACCAACAACACACACACACAUACACACACACACCCUGUCUGCAGGUUGCUGAUAAGGACUUGACCAACUAUUUUUCUCAUGUUACUGACAUGUUUAGGUUUUUAAGGAUUUGUUGGCACAAUUAUUUGUAGUUUGUUGAAUGCAUCGUUGUUGUUGUUUUUACAGCCAUUGUUUUCUGUUUUCAUGUGAAUGAUCAAGCAUUUUCUCAAGAAGCUGGAGGGAAGCAGGACUCAGAUAUUUGCGAAGAUUAGUGAUCAGUUUUUCGUGGCGUGCCGGUCACUGUGAUGCUCAUGUUUGCAGUUGUGAGCAGAUAAAGAAAUUAAAUGAAAGCUUUUAUUAAUUAGAUGGGAUCCAUAACAUACUGACUCGUUGCUGCAUUUCACAUUCCUGUUAGAUUUCAGGUUUUUACAAUUUGUCCGUUCAGAGCCAGUGUUUCUGCCAGCAGACGUGGAUGAAGGUCAUGUCAGGCUAAAUGAGGUGCAGGUGGAGGAAAGUACUUUAGCUGUUGCUGAAAAGUGAGUCAGAAUGUGCUACGUUUUCGAUUAUGUUUUGGGUCAGUGAUCACAUUUUCAUCGUGAUAAUCAAUAAGUCAGCUUUCUGAGCCCCGUGUUCCAGAGUUGUACCUCCACCACAACGAGAGACAGUGUUUCAGAUCACCAUAAAGACGUUGGAGUGGAGCUGCGGAGACAAACCCAAUGCUUGUUCAUGUUUAGGGAGAGAAAGUGUGUCAUAUAUACGUGUGUCUGCGGCUCUGAGUUUUUUUUUGCUUUUUUUUGUAUUUUCCUGUUAUUUUUGCUGCGUUUUGUGUUUUUUAGGAUCCUUCGUGUAGGAGGUGGGAGAAAAAACUCAGAGGUUUGCACAUUCUCUCUUCCCAUUUCUCAGUUUGUACAUCCUUGAUUCCUUUCCUUUCCCUUUCACCUAGGAACAAAGGGAGGAAACAGAGAGAUGAGUCGGGAAUUUUAUUUAUCGCUCAGAUGUUACUUUAAAAGGUGCCAGUUAAAAAUUACAGCCUUCUGCUGUGUUUCAUGAUGUCAGACUUAGCAUUCACCGUAGCAGUUCCCCCUGCAGCCUUUCGGGCACUGAGACAUCCUGGAGACGAGGAUGAAAAGGCACAACUCAGAGAAAUGAGAAGAGCUUUGUGGGGAGAAAUGUGUGAAGAGUUUCUGUUUUUGUUUCUCUGCCUUUUUGAGGAGAAAGUUGUUUGAGUUUAGAAGGAGCAAACUUUCGGAUGACACAAUGAACUGCUGGUUUUAAUUCCUCAUUAUUUUUCUUUUUCUUGUUUCUUCUUUUGUUUUCAUUUCACACACUGUUAAGACAGAAAAGAAGUUUAAUUUUGUUUCAUUGACAUUGACCACCAUUGGUAAUGGACCAAAAGUACAUGUGUCGCCAUGGAAACAAGCAGGAUGAGUUAAGGCGUAUGUUUUUUAGAGGUAGAACCUUUCUAACACUCCAGUCAUCGCAAGAGCUGAUGGAAAGACUAACGUGAAUAUGACUGUAGAAAGUUUAUUUAUUUAUUUUUAGAAAGCCUUUAUGUUUAUUGUCAGUAGUCCUUUAAUUUGUUUACAGGGUUUGUCUUUUUUUUUUUUUUUUUUUUUUUGGAAAGUGUUUUACAAUAAAUUUUGAGUUUUUUGUCCACACUUGUGUUAUUUUGUGUUUGGUUCACCUAUUCCUCUUUAUUUCUUACUAUUAAUUUAGAAAAUAAAGUUCAGACAGAAAAAAAGUGAGUUAGUUUACUGCUCAGUUCAGCACUUUAGCAUCUUUUAGCUCAUUGUUUUGUUGUUUUUUUUUCCGGUUUGUAACAUUACUGAUUUGCUUCACCCUCACCGUUCGCAUCAAACAAAUGAACAGAAGCUAAAACAAAACCCAGAUGACGUUUUAUAGCAGGAAAUGCAACGUUUUCUGAAUGCUAAUGUGGCUAAUCAGCUGGAAGAAUAAAUUGUUUACAUGUUGCCCCCUUGUGGCCAGAAAAAUUAAUGCAUAACUGGUGAAGUUAAUGACUAGCUAAUUCACUCUAUACCCUUUGUAAGAUUUGUUAUACCAGGGAGUUAAAACAACAACUUAUUUGUAUUUAGUUUUAUUUUACAGGAUUAGAGAGUAACAGUAUACUGCACUAAAACUGGAACAACAUUGACUGUUUGCUUUUUUUUAGAGACCCGGGACAGGUCUUAUCCUGGUUAUCAGAAACCUGGAGUUUUUCAGUAGAAACUGGGGCAUGGUGUCUGGUUGAACACCUGAUCCAGCAUCCUGAUCAUCUUCUGCUGGUAAAGAUUGAAUUAUCUGAGAUAGUAAGAAAAUUGGCGCAACUCAACUAGCGUAAUCACUGACCUGGAUACGUAAAUGGCCACAUACAAAUAUAAAGUAACCUGGUUUCCUCUGUUUGAUGUAAACUUUAUGUCUGAGUUUUGAUUAAACCUGGAUGGGACUCAAAUGUUAAUGGUGAACAGUAACCAACGAUUCAGUUAAAUAUUAUGUAAUAAGUUACAAAAGAAUUAAUUUUAAUUGCACAUUACAGUAAACAAGUUUAAAACAUGUUCAGUUCAACCCAGUUUAGUCAGUCUAGUUCACAAAUUUCUGAAAUAAUUUAAUCCAAUAUUAAUAGUUCUUUUUAUUCCACUUCAGUUGAAUUUCUUAUAAUGCACUAUAAUGUGAUUAAUCAUCAUAACUUGAUUAAUCAUCAUAAUCAAAUUGAAUUAAAAUUAAAUUUAAUUCAGUUUGAUCCAAUUUAGUAAUAAACUAUUCAAUUCAGUCCAGUUAAUAUUUGUAGUCCAAUUGAAUCCAAUUAAUUUUAGGCAACUUCGAUUCAAUUAUCCAACUAUGUAAUCAAACUCAAUUUAAAUCCAAUUCAAUUCAGUUUUGUAAUCCAAUUCAGUCCUAUUAAUUUCAGUCCUAUUUGAUCCAACUUUGUAAUAAAAUUCUAUUAAUUUCAGUACAAUUCAGAUUUGUAAUCCAAGUGAAUCCAGUUGAUUUCAGUCCAAUUUGAUCUAACUUUGUAAUUCAAUUCAGUCCAGUUUAUUUAUAACAAUUUGUUGUUUUUAAUGCAAAUCAAUUCAUUUCUUUCCAAUUAAUUUUAAUCUUAUUAGAUCCAGUUCAUCAUGAUGAAAUUCAGUCUGAUUCAUUUUGCCUUACCACACUUCAGUCCUUCUACAUCAGACUAUUGCCAACCAGCUGUUACCUUCAGCUGAUGUUCUUCUACUUAUGAUCUCCUUCAUUUAACAACCAAAGAAACAAGUUUGUGUGCUUGAGAUUUUUUAUUUCUAACCAAUUUAACAUUUAUGACUUCCUCUAAGUAAUAACACUUUAACCCAAGAAGCAUUUGAAAACCUCCUAAAAUCUAAAUGGUUUUAGAAAAACUUAAUGCUCAACCUCUAAGGCAGAAAGAAACAACAGUAAAAAAAAGACACAAUUGUGAAUUAUUGCCUUAUCUUUGGUAUUUAUUGUAUUUACCAAAAACAAACUAAACUAAUAGAAAA